AGUCGUGACUACAUCGCCGGAGAAAUCCUAAAAUGCUGCUGAGAUUUUACUUCCAUUUCUGAAAAUUCAAGCUUCCUUGCGACAUUCAAGUCGAAAGUCUCCGUUUUUUUCCUUCAGGUUUGUUGUUUUCAUGGCUGGAUUAGAGGUUACGGUGUAUUGUUACUGGAAUGGUUGCAUCAAGGAUAGCCCUAAUGGCAUAUACUAUGAAGGGUCCACUCUUAGAUUGAUCAUUGUUAAGCGCAAGACUGAGUUUAAUGGAUUGUUGGAUCAGCUGUAUCAAGUUACUGGAUUAGAUAGAAGUAGAUCGACGUUUCAAAUAAUUGGUAGAUAUCCUUCAUCUGUUCAAGGGUCCAUGGUCAAGUAUAAACCUCUUCCUGUGGUGGAUGACACUAGUUUAGAGACUAUGCUUGAGGUUCCAAGCAUACAUCCUUCUAUACUCCAUGUUGACCUGUUUCUGGAAGUGAAUUCGAAAUCUGAUCGAGUUAUUGAUCCUGCUGCUUGUUCGUCGCCUUUGGCCAAUCCCAGUAGUUCCUGGAAAAGACAGAAGAUUGAUAUACCUGUUAAGUCAGAGAGGGAGAGGGAGACGGAUCGAAACUCAGGAUCAGAUAGAGUGGUGCAUGCGGUUGAUUUGACAGGGGAUAGCAGCAUUUCCAAUAAGGAUUCCAAUUCCACUGUUUCAAAACCGUGUAUGUCUAGUUUGUGGCUUGACGAUCAUGACUUGCGAGUAGGAUUGUGCUUCAAAGAUGGUGGUGAGCUGAAGAAGGCAGUGGACUGGUGUUCCCUAAAAGGGAAGCAAAAGUGUGUAGUACGAGAGACUGCGAAGGAUGAGUAUAUCUUUGAGUGCAUCAGAUGGAAAUGCAAGUGGUCACUUGGAGCCGCUAGAAUGAAAAAGCACGGACUUGUCGAGAUAAUCAAGUAUACUGGUCCACAUACUUGUCAUCCCAUUGUUCCAGAAGAUUUCAAAUCAGAGUUUGAAACAGAUGAGAUUGAACGUGCGGUCAGGGAUAAGCCCACACAAACAAUUGCAGAGUUGAAGAAGUGGUGGAAAAUAAAAAUUGGCUAUGAGCUUGAAACUUCUGAUGUGCGGGUUGCGAAAGAGAAAGCUAUCAAAAGAGUUUUUGGAGAUUGGGAUCAAAGUUUUGAAGAUUUGCCCAAGUUAAUGUCUGCCUUUUGUUCAUCUAAUGGACUCCUCGUGGACUGGAAGUAUGAUCUUUUUCCUAAUCCUACGUUUGCAUCCUUCUGUGGUGUGUUUUGGGCAUUUCCACAGUCUAUAGAAGGGUUUCAGCACUGUAGACCUCUGAUCGUAGUGGACGCCAAAAACUUGAACUGUGAGUACCAGUUGAAAUUGAUGAUUGCCUCUGGGGUUGAUGCAGCCAACAGAUAUUUUCCGCUUGCCUUUGCGGUUACUAAAGAAGUUUCUACUGAUAUUUGGCGUUGGUUUCUCACUGGAAUCAGAGAGAAGGUUACACAAAGGAAAGGCCUUUGCCUCAUUUCCAGUCCCCACCCCGACAUAAUUGCUGUUAUCAACGAAUCUGGGUCUCAGUGGCAAGAACCUUGGGCUUAUCACAGGUUCAGUCUGAAUCAUUUUUACUCCCAAUUCUCUCGUGUUUUCCCUAGCUUCUACCUGGGGAUGUACAUUAGGCGGGCUGGAUCUACGAGUCAGAAGGAUGAAUUUGAUUCGUACAUAAAUGUCAUCAAAGAGAAGAACCCAGAAGCUCGGAAAUGGUUAGACCAAUUCCCUCAAAAUCAGUGGGCUCUGGCUCAUGACGAUGGUCGGAGAUAUGGAAUCAUGGAGAUAAAUACAAAAGCUUUGUUUGCAGUUUGUAAAGCAUUUGAGCUGGCUGGUCAUGUAGUGACAGGUUCCGUGCUGCUUCUCUUUGAUGAGCUGAGAUCCUCUUUUGACAAGUAUUUUAGUUUUAGCCGUAGUUCUCUUAACUGUGGCGAUGUGUACACGGAACCUGUCAUGGAAAAGCUUGAAAAAUUCAGGACAUAUUUCGUUACUUACAUUGUAAUGCCGGUAGAAAAUAAUGCAUUUCAGGUCACAACACCGUCACAAAAGGAUGAAUGGAUUGUUCAGCUGAGCGACUGCAGCUGCACAUGCGGGGAGUUUCAGCGUUACAAAUUCCCAUGUCUACACGCUCUAGCCGUCUGCAAGAAGUUGAAAUUCAACCCUUUGCAGUAUGUGGACGACUGUUACACUCUUGAACGGUUAAAAAGAACUUACGCCGCCACCUUUUCUCUUGUUCCGGAAAUGUCAGCUUGGCCAGAAGCUUCCGGAGUUCCGAGAUUGCUUCCUCCUGUCAUUCCACCGUCACCACCACCAUCACCUCCAACUUGCGUAUCAGGUACGAAACGCAGAACUACUCCUCCCGCUACUAAGAAGAAGAGCUGAAAGAUGGAUUUUGAGUUUUCACCGAGCCGGGCAUUUUGGACUAACUGAUUAUGUAGUAUCAUCUUCUGACUUUUGGGAAGUAGCUAGGAUUAAUCCGGUUCCAGUUGUAUAACGGAGACAUAAUAAUGUGUUGUUGUUUUUGUAUGAUUAAUCCGGUUUGUUCAUGAGCACCUUUGGUUAUCCCCUGAAAAGAUAUGAAUCGGAAACAGAAUCACACCGUCGUCAUCUUCUUCUUUACAAUCUCUUAACCAUCAUACAGUAUCUUUCUUUUAUUAGUAUUGCUCUUGAACCCACGCCUAUCUGGUAAAACAAAUAAUGUGUGUAUUUUAGCUCAUUAAUUUACAUGUCUAUUUUCUCUAUCUGUGAAAUUAUCGGAAUUGAAAUCGAAUAGAAAAUAUUGAGCUGAAACGAAAUCAAGUUUCAAUUCCAGUUUCCUACUAUUAUUGUAUUUGUAGAUUCUUAACCAAGGAAAAAUGUUGAUAUUGAAUCAAUGGGACACGAAAGUUAGAUUUAGGCGGGAAUUUUGUUUUUAAGCAGACAAAAAAGUCAAUGGAACGAAAAAUUUGGUAGUUAAAAAAAGCUACAAACAUAAUUAACGGGCUUUCAUCCGUCGGCCCAAUUGUACUUUAUUUCUGUUUUUUCUUUUGUAUUAAAUUUUCGAAAAGCUAUAUUUCUCAUUUCCCUGUAGUAGUUGUCUUUGUCGGUGACCAGUAACAUCACCGGAGAAAUCCUUAGCUAAGGGUGAAAUUACUUCCAUUUCUGAAAGAUCCGUGCUUUUCUCUGCGAUACCCAAUUCGAAAAUCUCCCGCUUUUUUCCAGGUACCCUGUAGUUACUUCACCGGAUCUCGUUACGUAUGUACAUUUUCCCGUGGUGAACGACUCUAGUUUGGAGACUAUGCUUGAGGUUCC